AUGAAAAAGAAAUAAGUCAAAUCAAAAUCUCCAACGCCUGUUAAAUAACAUCCUGCUAUAGAUACUCCAAGAUUCAAAGAAAAGGCAUCUUAAUUGUCUCAAAUGCCAUAAUCCCCUAAAAUCUAAUUAGACUCAGAGUACUUCUCUUUUGGUGGAAUGGAGCAACACAAAAAGUAAUCUAAAUCUGUGCAUGAAUUCAACAUCAAAGAAAAGAAACUUAAUAAUAGCUUUACUAAAGAUAAAAAAGUUAUCGACUCUAAACCAUCAAAAGUUUAGAUCUUUAAUAACAACUACCAAAUAAUUAACAUCAAUCAAAUAGAGAAGAAAGAAUCAAUUCGUUCCUUAUAAAGAUAAUUUCAAUAAAUUUUAGAGAACCAAGUACCAAAAAAGGCAGCUACUCCUGUAAAAUCGAAUCCAUCAAGCAGUCCUAUAUAAAUUACCACAUCUAAAACUUCAGCUUUCCCUUCAGCCAAUAAUUACUUCUAAAGAAUCAAAAAACCAGGUUAAUCCACUUUGUUAAGGAAAAAGUUUUGA